ACCCCGCCCCCUCGCUGCCCGGGGCCCGCGGGAACUUGGGCCCUACGGUUCCACUUUCUCCGGAGCAGGGGCGGGCAGAGAGCCCGCGGACCCGCGCCUUCGCAGCCCUUCCGAGUCCCUGGCAGCGGUCACCGGCACCGAGGGGGCACCUCCGCAUCUCCAUUGCAAGAGUGAGAGUAAAUCCAAUCCUUGCCUCUCUAAAUUGGCCAGUCGUGGAAGUGAGUCAUAGUUUCUUAGAAGUCAUCAUGAAUUCCCAGAAACCUGAAGACAACAAGGCAUUCACUACUGCAGAAUAUGGCCAGAGUACCAGCCCUGAAGAUCCAGAGGAUACUGUCAUGGAGCAGACACGUCCUGGCACACCUGCUGCUCAUUCUCUAUCUGACAUUAAAGACUGGAGCAAGACCAUUAAGCUUAAAAGUGAAGUCAAGCGUGAAGCAUCUAUGGAAAUUCAGAAGCCAGACGUGGGGACCAGUAAAAAAUGUUCUUUUACUUUUACCUUGAAUGAAAAUGUCAGGAAGUCAGACCGUAGUGUGUUUACAGCACAUGGUAAACACACUGAGAGUAUCUACUCUGCCCUGAAAGCUAAUGACAAUUUCAAAGAAAGGAUGCAGAAUCAUCUCAAUAAAAACAUCCUUGUUUAUGAAGAAAAGACAAUAGAUGGAUAUGUAAAUUUAGGAAUGCCUCUCAAGUGCCUACCUAGAGAUUCCCAUUUUAAAAUAACGUUUGGUCAAAGAAAGUGUAACCAGGAAGAUGACCAGAUGUUCCGCCAAUGUGAAAAUCCAAACGUGGAAUGCAUUCUUUUUCAUGUGGUUGCUGUUGGAAAGAGUAUAAAAAAGAUUCUGAAGAUCAAGGAACUGCAUGAAAGAGGAAGUACAGUUUGUGUCUAUGCUUUAAAGGGUGAGACUAUCAAAGAAGCUCUAAGCAAGGAUGGCCGAUUUCGGUCUGACCUCGAUGAAUUUGAAUGGAAAGUAAUGGAAGAUCAUCAGAAAAUUCAUGGGAAACAGUCCCUGGUGGAUGAAGUAUCUGGAAAAACCUUAGAGAUGGACAUUUUUAAGAAACGAAAUGUCAGGGCAGGUGCCCAUAAAAAAAUUAAACAGGAGAGUGAAAGUGCCACUGAUGAGAUCAGUCCCUUUGAACAGCUACAGUCUGAGAUCAUAGAACACAAACCAGAGACAGAUGGGGAAACCGAAGAUGUAGAAUCCAAGAAAGAAGAAACUGUCUCACUUCAGAGUCUGGGGCAUGAUAUUGAACGUAAAAAACGACGCACAAUUUUCAGAAUUAGGGAUUAUUACACUAAUAGUGUGAAGAGAAAAUACGGGAGGAGCAGCUCAAGACAUAGGCAAAGGCCCCAUGUGGGUAUGCAGCAUGUUAUUAAUCAAACUAUCCAGAGGACGGCAACUAACGUCUGGCUAAAGAAUUGCCAAGUGUUGAGCAAAGUUAUAAUGGAUCAGUAUCCAAAUUUUAAUGAAGAGGCACGUUGGAUGAGAAACUAUUUUCGGGAUGAGCAGAAGAAAGCCAAAGUGCCAGCAUCUCAACAAUUCAACAUAUAUAAAAAGUACUUUGCAAAAGUGACUGAAAAUUCUACUUCAGUUGCAACCUGCGAAGACCUUAUUCAUCUUAGUAAGUCAGUUGGGUUCAUGAUGUGGUAUAAUAACAGAAACAUGGGGAAUGCUACUUGCUUUGUCUUCAAUCAUGGUUAUAUUUUCACCUGUCGACAUGUAAUCAAUAAAAUAGUGGGAGAAGGCACAGAUCUAAAUUUGUGGCCAGAGAUAAUAAGCCAAUGUGCAAAGGUAACUUUCAGUCAUAAAAGGUUCCUCCCUGAUAAUCAAGAUUGGUAUGCCCUUGAUCCAUGGUUUGGAGUGUCUGAUGGAAAUCUAGAUUAUGCCAUUUUAAAGCUAAGCCAACAUCAAAAUGGAUUUCCUCCAGGCCUGUUUAGACAAAUUUCCUCUCAACAGUCCAGUGAUUUGAUUUAUAUAAUUGGUCACCCAGAAGGCCAGGUCAAGAAAAUAGAUGGUUGUGCUGUGAUUCCAAUAAAUCAGCGGAUGGAGAGAUAUGCAGAACAACUCCAAGAUGAGAUGGUAGGAUCCAAUGCUGCUACUUACAAUGCUUUCCCCAUGUUUACCCAGAGAAGUUUCCUACCAGAAGUUUGGAGCAAUGACACACUUAGUUAUGAUACCUGUUUUUCUAGUGGAUCCUCUGGCUCCCCAGUAUUUAGUGCAUCAGGCCAAUUGGUUGCUAUGCAUACCAUUGGGCAUUUUUACAAACGUGGAGAGAAUGUCCAUGCCAUUAUUGAAUUUGGCUAUUUGAUGAAUUCAAUUCUUUGUGAUAUUAAACAGAAAAGCGAGAGCUUCUAUCAAUUCUUAAUGGAAGAUAAAACUGAGAACUGCACCAAAGACUAUACCAUACAAGAGUUGUCACUUCAAGAAUAUCAGAUUGAACCCAUGGAACACUAGAGAAAAGAUUUUUUGUUCCAGAAAAUAUGCCAAUAAUUUAGAGUAUUUGGGGCUGUUUCCUUAAAGUAGAGUGAAUAUUCCUCUUUAAUUAGAAAUCUUUAGAGAAUCACUUGGGUGUGCAAAACAUAUAUAAGAGUUCAAGUAGAUUCUCAUAUAUUUUCCUAUUGUUUUUUUUUUAAUUGAAACAAUCUCAAGCCUCAACUUAAACUAUUUAGCUCUGUUAUAUACAUACACAGUAUUUGGUAUUUGCCAUUCUAAUGCUUCAGAUGAUAUAUCCACACCAUCUUCCUAAAUAGUGAAGUGCCCUAUGUUCCCUGAAUUAAAAAAUAAUGGCAACAUACACCUUUAGAGUGAAGUAAAUAAUUCUUUGAUAAUCUUAAUUUUUUCCCUUUUGUGCCACCUGUAAAUCAGCCUCUAUUGCAAAUGACACAUGAAAAUCUCAGAUUUUCUGUUCUUUCCUCUAGUUUUGUCAUUCUCUGGAAUGUAGAAGUGUGAUUUGCUCAGUCUUCAUUCCUGACCUCUCAUAUUCAGAGUCUAUACCACUAAAAACUAAGCAUAUCAGCCAUCAAGCUAUAUUACAAAGCUGUUAUCAUGAAGACAUCAUGAUGUACUGGUACAAAACAGACACAUAGAUCAAUGGGACAGAAGAGAGAACCCAGAGAUUGACCUAUAACUAUAAGGUCAACUAAUUUUUGACAAAAUAGGAAAGAAUAUCCAAUUGAAAGAAGGCAGUCUCUUCAACA